UUAACUUUUUAUGAACUCAAAAGUUUGCUUUUUACAUGGAGAAGAUGAAUUUUAAUCGUUCGAAUGUUGGUCACGGAGGAGAGAAAGAGAGAAAUGGAUUACAAAAAGACACAACUCCUGCAAGUGCAUAUGACUAUAACCCUACGACUGAUUAUUCCAAUCAAUCAAAGGAAAAGACUCAAAGCCGUCCAACAAGUUUGGAAAGCCUAGAGGUUAAAAGAAGAAACGAUUUUAUACUUGAUUUGUGGAUUCACUGUAUCAAAGAGAUGAACGAGCGAAAUGUCAGGAUUUUGACAUUGGAGAAAUAUUACUCAGACAUGGAUUUGAUGUAUGAAGAUAUGAAUCAACGAAUUCAAUUAAUCACAUGA